UCCGCCCCUGAAUGUUACAGACACUUCCAGUAACAGAGCUCUCACUGUCAAACCUAGACGGCUAGAGAUAAGUCAUUAUUUGUUUGAGUUUUAGUUCAUCCGUGAAACUGGUGUGUCGGAGGUGAUUUAUUGUCUUCUUUGAAGACGCAUUUAACUCAUAUCUGUUGAUAACUAGUUAGUUUGUAGUAUCUGGUGCGUCACGGUAAAUCUUGCUAGUUAGGCAGUAGCUAGCUAAACGUCCACCUGCCCUUGUGUUUAACGCAGAUGCUAAGCUGCUAGCUAGCCGCCGGCUAACGAGUAGCCAACCCAGUUUAUGGUCAUUCGAGGUCACUUGGCUUUUUGUAUCGCCUUAUUUUGACAAGCUGUGAGCUGAAUUUGAGCUAUCCGACUACGGUAACUUUGGAAGAAGGCAAAAUGAAGGGUCUUCCAUACUUCUGCCGAGGAGAGGUUAUUCGAGGAUUCGGAAGAGGGAGUAAAGAAUUAGGGAUUCCAACGGCUAACUUCCCAGACUCUGUGGUGGACCACCUACCUGCUGAUGUCAGCACAGGUAUCUACUAUGGCUGGGCGUGCGUGGACAAUGGAGACAUACACAAGAUGGUGAUGAGCAUCGGCUGGAACCCUUACUACAAGAACACCAAGAAGUCCAUGGAGACUCAUGUGAUCCACACGUUUAAGGAGGAUUUCUACGGCCAGAUCCUCAGUGUGGUGAUGGUGGGCUACAUCCGGCCCGAGAGGAGCUACGACUCGCUCGAGGCCCUGAUAUCGGCGAUCAACAACGACAUCGAGGAGGCCAAGGCCAGGCUUGAGGUACCGGAACACAUGAAACUGAAGGAGGAUAACUUCUUCACGGCCAGUGGCAGCACAUCCAAGUCUACAGGUUCCACCAUCAUGAACGGUCACUGAUGAUUGGCACACCUUCCCUGUUUGCCAGUCAAGCCCUCUUCCACCCAUCUCUCUGAGAGCUGCUGUCAAUCCAAUACCCUUAAAAACUGCUUCUAUAUGUAUUUACAGUUUUCUUUUUCUUUUAUUGUUAAGCAUUGUUAAGAACAGUUUUUUUUUUAUUUUACGUUGUGUGUUGGAUCUGUAUUUGGCCUCACACAUGCUGACUGGGAUCACAUGGAAGUUUGUGACGAGGUUCUGUAUGUACAGGUCCACCUGCAACUACAUCAAAGCUCCAGUUUGCCUCUCCCCUACCCUCCCUUCUACCCCACUCUCCCCUACCCACCCCUCUCUCCUCCCCCACCCUCCCUUCUUCUCUCCUCUACCCUCCCUUCUCCUCUCCCCCUCCCUCUCCCCUCCCCUCUCCACAGAGCUGUGUCUGUCUAUCUGCUGCAACCUUGACAAAGGCGGAUAUGUUACUGAUUGAGUUAUCUGGUCUGGGAGAGGAGGGAGGGAAUGGAUGGUUAGAGGGCGUUAAACCAUUCAGGGGGAGGGUAGAGGAGGUUGAAGGGGAUCACUACCGAGCAGGAGCAGUGUUGACGAAACCUUUCCAUCCACAUGCUGCUCCUCAUCCAGAGAGCCUUCAGAGGGAUCUGUCUGUUCCAGAUCAGAGCUGAAAUAUCUAUUUUUUAUUUCUUUUUAUUUAUAUCAAAGUUGUGUUUUUUGAAAGACAAGUUGAAGUCCAUUGCCAUGACCAUUAUCUGCUAUGCUAAUGUUUGUACAAGUCUCAACACAGAUCUCCCCCUGUUAUCUGUAGCCCUGUUGGCCAUGACCCUAGUGUAACAGCUCCCAGGAGUAGAGCUUAUUCAUGUUGUCGCUAGGUAGAUUGGAUGCACAGCAGGAAGUUCGAGAUAUUGUGGAUCUGAUUAUGCAGUCCUUAGUUUUGUCAUAGUAUGAUGUCAUCAACUCUAAUUUGAUAGGCCCUUCUGGACAGUACAGGUUGCAUUGUCUCACCCAUUCCCUGACCAAUCAUUAUGUGUGGAUUCGUAGGCAGAGUUUGAUGAGGUUAUAACUUUGUGGAAUCUUCUGCACCUUGUGUCCUCUGAUGGUCUGUUAGAGAUAAGCACUAACAGAGAAGGAGGACUAAGUCCAGUGUCUCAGGUGAUCCGAGGUGUGUGUGCAGAUGUGUGUCCGAGGGGAGAGAGAGUAGGGUGGAGCACUGGAUAUCUUUAUAACAGCUGUAAAUACUUGAAAUUCGAGUCAAAACAAGAACACAUAUUCACAGUCUAUAAGUGUAUUUUUAUUAGAGACAGUCAUAUAUAUGUAUAUAUAUAUUGUCUUUUUAGAUUCGAUUUUCUGAAAAAUUGAGUUGUGUUGAGGUACAUAUUUUCCUUUCUGUGAAAUAAAGGAAAUGUAUACAAAUGAUCCAGUAUCAAAAUGUGUUAUAGCAUGACUAUGCUUCUCUCAGACCAAAGGAAUGUAAAGGCUAGAACGUUGCAGACUUGGUGAAGGUACCUGCGAGAAUACACCCACACACACCACAACAUGUUUGUGUUUGUUGUUUUUUUACACUUUACUGACACAAACAAGUCCCAUGUUGUGGUGCCAGGGGUGACGGGUACAGCUUAACAGCAGUAGAAUCUGUCUGCAGAUCGAGGUCCCUCAUUGAAAUUCAACUCCAUCCACUCUCUUUGGAUGUAAGCAUCUGUUAAGUGAAUCCGUUAUGAUCGAUGGGUAGUUCAACACUGUGGUUGAACAGGCAACAGGCCCUUAUGUUGUCAGUGGGAAGAUCAGGAAUUUUGAACGUAGUAAAAUAGCCCUCGAAAUUGUGUGUUGGGGUGUGGAAUGGACAAAUGGUCCUAACUGCUCAUGUUAUGACUUCUAAGAGUUCUCAUUCAACAGUUUUUAUCAAUGAAUCUUCCAACUGUGUCGGCAUUCUGAUGGUAGAGUAAUAUGUUGUUAAGAGACUAUCGGAAGUAGGCCUAGAUGAGACAGUUUUUCUUAGCGGAACCAAAUCUCAGCUUUCUUGCCUCAUUUUUCCUUGUUGGUGUGUGUCACCUUGUGUUAGACUCCAAGGCCCAGGCCUGACUGUGUCUCUUCUCCAAGGCCCAGGCCUGACUGUGUCUCUUCUCCAAGGCCCAGGCCUGACUGUGUCUCUUCAGUGUCGUAUUCAUAGAGACAGGCUUUUUGCUGUGCGUCUACGUGUGUACCGUCUUUGAAGCCUCUUUAAUAAACAGGUUAACCACU